UCUUCCGUUUUGAAUAUUUAGUAUUUUGUUCCUUUCUCGAUUUUACUUUUGAUACUGAAAAAGACUUGAAUUCGUUGUGGCUACUGUGGUUAGAUAGAGCAAUGGGCUUUCCCCGUGUUAUCUGAGCUUCACAUAAAAAUGACAUCGAUAACUCACACGGACUUGAUGCCCAAACGUGUCCACGAGUGAUGUCACUAGGCUUGCCAUGUUGAUUUAUACUCUAUAUUGAUACCUGAAAACUGUUUUGAAGUGUUUUUUUAAUUUAGUUUUAACCGACGGAGUUCAUAAUUAGGCUGCACCUUCCUCCUUCACGAGCACACAAGCGGUAGUCAUGGCAACGGGCGGCGCAUCGCAAGUGUCGUCGCUGGAAUCGGCCUUGCUCUGUGGAAUCUGUCUCUCCGAGUUCGAUGCCACGCUCAGGAGGCCUCUCAUUCUGCCCAAGUGCGGACACACCUUCUGCAGGAUCUGUGUGAAGAACCUGGCAGCUCGAGGGGAGGUUAUGUGUCCUUCUUGCAGGUGUAGAUACCAAGAUGUAGAUCCUGAUGAACUCCCGGUCAAUUUUAAUGUCCAGUGUCUAGCCAGCUCAGACAGGCCGUUCCCAACGUGGACGAAGUACUCAGAAACCCGAGACACGGACUGCCAGAUACACGGGGUCAGACUAGCUUUCUGGUGCAAGACGUGCGAAACUGCAGCCUGUGGGGAAUGCCUCUUUGAGCAGCACCCUCGACCCGAUCACAACACUUGUCGUGUUCAGGAAGUUAUACAGGAAAUCAAGGGUCUAGCUGAGAAACUCUCCCAAGAAAGCUGCGUGGAGAUCGUCGUACGUCUGGGCGAGACCAUCCGAGGCACCUUGAGCUACGUGUCAGACCUUCAGGAAGCAGCACACCUCCUGCAGGAGACGGCCAGGGUCAAUCGCAACGCCCUGGCUGCGCAGGACCUCCCCUCCAUCACCUCCGUCUUCGAGUCGGCAAAAACCGUAAAGCAGCGAGUCUCAGCACUCGACCGAUCGGAAGAACAGAGCAACAGAUCUGCAUUGGAGUCCCUUGGCACUGUGCCGGCAUCAAGGCCCGCGAUCCUGGCGCUCAGUGACAAUGGGUCUCUCGGUCGUGUAGAAGUUGAGGAGAAGGGCAUCCACCUGUUUAGUCUUAGGCCGCCGUCCACGGCCUAUAGUGUGGCUAUGAAGCUGAACGUGCUGACGGCCUGCGUGAGCAAGGAGAGCCCACAAGUGUUCCUGGACGUCUCGGCCGGCGAGCGUCGUCUCGGCAGAGUCUACAUCGUGCUGGAAGGACAUAUGAAGCGAGCCCAGCAGUUCAUGGCGCUCUGCCUCGGCAACCUCGGUUUCUCGUACCGCAACACCAGGUUUGACGGGAUAAGCGAGCGAGGGCAGCCCGGGACCUACAUCCGCGGGGGGGAUUACCAGGGCAGGGGGGGGCUCGGGGGGGAGGCGCUCAUGGAUGGCCUGGAGUGGGGAGGACCGUGGGCAAAGCCUAAAGCCGCGGGACAAGUUUGCGGCGUCGGCGGCGAGGAACAGAGGAGGUUCGGGUCACUCUUCGCCAUCUGCCUGAAGGACAACCCGGAGGACACGUUCCAGUGCCCGUUCGGCGUCGUCACAGAAGGGCUCCAGGCGCUGGAAGUGGCCAGCAGACACGAUCCCUUUCACAUGGUCCACAUCAGUGACUGUGGUAUUGUGAUUCCUUUAUGAGGGCAAAUGGUGUUUCCCUGCAUUUAUGGUGCAAUAUUGUGCAAGGAGUAAUGUUGUGUACGUCAUUUUUUUGUAUGCUUUUUCUUAAGAAAAUUACCGAUACAGUAUAUAUAUAUAUAUAUAUAUA